AUGUCCAAAAUAGACCAGCUCUUGGUUCUUGCAGACUCUAUUACCACCAGUAGCGAGGUGCUCCUCAAUAGGGUAAAUGAGCUGAACCUGGUAGUGUCGCUGUUGAUGGAUAUCCACCACUCUAUCAUUUCGGCAGAUACAGAGAUCGAUAACUACACCCAGCUCAUCUCACGAAACAACAGCUAUCUCAACGAGAUGCAGAAGCUCCAUGAGAAAUCUUACUUUCUAGAAGUGAACAUGCCAUCUAAUGACAUUUAUACCAAUGAGACGUCAUACUCGAACUUGUACAAGGAAUACACAUACUUGUGGCGGAACUUUGGCUUUGACAAUCUAAAUUUUGCAGCAGAAGAGGAUGAUGUACCAGAGCCAGAGCAAAGGUCCCGAUUGAAUCAUAUGCUUUCCAUUCUGAACCUCAAUUUGAAGCCACUACGGUGCAAAUCCACGAAGGUGGAGAAGAAGAAGUCGCGGUACAGACUUAGCGGAGCCUUCAAUUUCAAUCCUUUGGCACCGAAUCUUCCUCCAAUUCCUGACUUGCAACAGAAGGAAACUCUUCAAGCAAUUUCUGAAAGUGGCUCAUCCAGGUAUGUUCUGAACGCAUCCUCGUCAGAUAUCUCGAGCAUCAUGGACGAAAGGCCCCAUCGUGACUCUAUAGCAUCGACGCAUUCCUUCGGUCUACAUCGAGGAAGUAACGUUGAGAAUCAUCAAGAUGCAAAUCUGCCUUUAACCUUGGAUUCUUUCACUGGAAUUAACAUCGAUGAAUUCGACAUGAGUAGUGUUCAACACCUGGACUUUGACUACGACUCAUAUAGUCCAGAUCGAAAUUUUGAUAACUUCAACGAAUUCUUGCGGAAGAGUAGGAUUGACCUCCAGGGCCAGCUCCCAACUUUGAAGAAGUCGGUUUCGUACGAGUCAGUGUUUUCAGCGCCAGUAACCCUCACAGUUGAAGCACCAAAAAAGUUUCACAAUCCGGUUGACAUUUUGUACACACAAAAGCGAGAAACGCUGACUCAACAAACGGUAGAGGCCAUCUACUCACUGCCAUUUGACGCCCCACUGAAUUUCAAGGAGCUUUCCAAAAAAUUACUUAUAAAAAAGUCUGAUCCAAUAGAAAUUGGAAUACCACCGCAUACGGACACAACCACAGCAACCUUGACACCAACACGCAAAUCUAGUUAUGGUUUGUUUCAACUAAUGAAUUCACCCUUAGGUUCUCCACGAGGUCUAAAAGACUCUCAGUUUGCACAGAGCCUAAAACCGGAACAACAAGAUCGCAAGGGUAGUAUCGAUUCAAUAAGCAAGUCGCUAGCCACCAGUUUCUUGAACUUGGUGGGCACUUCGCCCAUUGCCUUGAAUACAAUUUCUUCCGUACCAUGUUCGACGCAUUCACCACCUGAAAAGAUAAAGAAGAUGAAAAAAGACUUGAAAGAGCCCAUCUCUGUGAACAACGAUUUCAUGGCAAAACGUCGUCCGCCCCUAGAUAGGGAAAAAUGCACAAAAGCCCCUGUGAAAUCACCACUCUUUCGCAAAGAAUGUACAAAGCCUCCUAUUUUGUCGCUGAUGAAGACGGAUUUGCUCAAAGAUGCCUUCAAAGAAUCGCUCUUUUUUUAA